AUUUAGUUUAUGAUGGCUCAAUUAGUGUUGAGCGCAAGUUUCGUUGGUGUGAUCAAUUCAUUUAAUGCAAACAAGAAUAUAAGGAGAAGAAAAUAGUGAAAAUAAGAAGCGAUUAAAUUACGACUAAAAUGAGGUUAAGUGAGCGCCAAAAAUUGUGCCGAAUUUUUUGAGCUUUUGUUAGUUUUGAAGUUUCUACAGCAAGUAGUAUUAUAUCUUUAGUCGAACGAAAAGUACGUAUGGCUCACACGUAGAAGGAAGAGUCGUGAUAAAAAUGAAGUUAACUCCAGCGUACGGUUUUCUGCAUUUAUUGCUGCUUUUCGAUUACAUAAGCGCAGAGGCACAAAAUUUUACUGAACCAGUAUUCCAUAACUUAUUAUCAAAAUCGAACUUAGCGAAAAUAAAUUCCACAAACGCGUCAACUAAGAAGGGAUUUAACUCCAAAUCAUGCAACACAAAUUCGCUGAACACCUUCAACGCUGGCAGCGGCACCACCACAUUGCGUCCGAUCGUGGAGCGUGUGUUUUCACGUAAAAAACGUUUUCUUCUCGCACCAGCCAAAACUCGUCUAAAAUUUACAAUGCAACUUGCUAAGAGAUUGCUAGCGACCUAUCCUAGUGGUUUUAAUUUCAAUAUUGAAAUGGCUCUUUAUUACCCCAUGAUCACUAGUCGCCUCGAUCUAAUACCGAAACGUUUACGUCCGACGACCACGCCGAAACCUAAACCGAAGGGUCCCACGCCGCCGCUUAUCAUACAGAUUCCGGGUUCUUUAAUAAGGUACAAAGGCAAACCAGCUGCAAAGCCGGCGAAAGUGCAACGCAUCGACGAGUCGAAUCAGCCUUUGCUGUGGGUGGAUACGAAGCCUAUGGAACCUUUAGUAGUGCCAGUAGCAGCCUCAGCAGUUUCGAAAUACUAUACACAGCCAUAUAAGUGGCAGAAAUGGUCCAAGUACGGCGCACCUGGUUAUGCGCAGCGUUAUGAGUGGUCACCAGCAAAUCAAUGGCCCGACAGGCGGCCCGAUUGGUUCUCGCAAGAUACGAAGUGGAGUAAAUGGACAACUACGCCGCUACCAUGGACGUCAAGCAAGAAAUGGCAGCAAAAGGCUAACAAGUGGCAACAAUGGGAGCAUACGCAAGCUGCGGCCGACGGGUUGGUACAAGGCAGUCGCUGGAAACGUGAUACGGAAAAUGGCCAAGAGCCCAAAGCGCUGGAAGGUAAUGAUUUUAAUGAAGCCGAUCUGAGCUCUGUUGAUGUUUUAGAGGAGUUGGAUGAAAUAGAACCGUUAUAUAUGCAUUUUCCUGAACUAGAAGAUCAUCAUGAGUGGAAGCAUUAUCAUAAUUAUCGCGAUCGCAGACAACUGUAUCAUCAGCUGCAUGGUUUGAGCAAUAUCCUUGGUAUAGAUUUGAAGUCCUGCAUUAUGCGCGCAAUCUGUGAUUGCAAACGAUUUUUGCUGCCACCAGGAUACUCAUUAGCGCAGGAUAUUCUCCGUGUGAUGUUUACAUUUCCAACAAAAACUGGUUUGGAGGACGAUUACAGUCGCAUCGUGCAAACCGAUUACGAAACAUGUGACCACCAAUUAAAGAAUGCGUGUCCAUUUAAUGUGCUCUCAUGGCUAAUGGGACAGAAACAGAGCUAAACAAUUUGGAACUCAGCAAUCAUAGUGAUAAUGGAUUCAUAAUUCAAUAAAAAAAAAAAAUUGUUUAAUCAUGAUUCAACAAAUGUUUUCUUUAUAAAAGAGUAUGGGUGAUGUUC